CAUCAGUGAGAAUAUGAGAGGCCAGAUGGUAAUCGUUUCAGAGGAAAUGAGACUAUACCAUCGCAAAGGAAACCACAGGAAAGAGGCUGACCUUGUGCACCUGUACUGCUGCUGCAGGGCUUUCGGGUUACACUGCAGACAGACACAGAGACAUGGUGGUGUCCUAAAACUGUUCUCAUCAAAAACAGGGCCAAAAAGUUCUAAAGUAUCCAUACUGAGGCCUGGAUUGUACUGUGGGUGGACAAAGGCGCAAUAUUUUGCGUUCUACUUAUAAGGAACCUUGGAAGAGAGGCAACAUGACCAAACAGAGAUAUGGUCGCUAUAGCAACAUGGAGAAGGAUGAGUAUCAUGUCCCUGAUAACCAUGAAGAAGAGUUCUUGGUGCACAUCCUUCCUGCCAGAGCCCCUGAGUCAGACAGAGACUAUGCAGAUAGGGACAUUUCCAGAUCCUCCUACGCUCAGAGUAUCAGCUCCACUUCAAGUAGCAGCCCUAUCAUACCCCCACGGCAUCCCAUAAGAGGCCUCCCUUGUACUUCUCCAGGAAAUACCAGACCUUCUGUCAACCGCCAAUUGAAGCCCAGAAAACCAAGGAGGACCCAGUUAGAUGAGAGAGCACAAGUCAUGGAGACUACAGAACAGAACAUGCUACUCCCACCAAGGUCCCCACCGUCCUUACCUAAGGACCUAAUGAACAAGCUGUCUGGGCUGGACCUCCAGAGGCCCUGCAGGAGAGACAGACAGAGAAGACAACAAAAUGUGGAAUGCAAUACAUCCUCAAAUAGUAAUUGUUUAGGGAGAGAGCAAACUAUCCAAAGCCAAAGAUAUUCACUGGACCUUGAAUCUCAACUCAACACAGACAUAAGGUUACAACAAAGGCACAAUACCCCAGAAGAGUCCUCAGUGAAGCGUCAACAACACCAUGAGUGGCCUCAAACCAAAGAUGACGUGGAGCAGCAUGACUUUGUCCCCAAGGAAAGACCUUGUCAGACGUACAAUGAACAAGACUGGUACAUAGGAGCUUGUGAUCGAGCAGAGGCUGAACAUGCCUUACACCUGGUGAAUAAGGAUGGGGCAUUUUUGGUGCGGAAUUGCUCAACGAACACGAAGAGCGAACCCUUUGUCUUAGCAGUGUUUCAUGACAAGAGAGUUUUCAACGUUAAAAUUCGGUUCAUUGAUAGCACCUCCAAGUACGUCCUUGGGACUGGGCAAAGUGCCAAUGAUGUGAGUAGACAAAUGUUUGAUUCUGUGGCAGACAUCGUCAGAUUUCACUCCAUAUUCCCUGUAGUCAUGAUCAAUGGGAGGAACCAAUUAGCUAACAGAUAUCAAGGGAACUGUGUGUUGACAUACCCAAUCACAAAAGAGGUUGUCAACCAACUGUUGGAAUGAAAGGCCUACUGUGCCCAAGCAAUAACUAUCACAUUUGUCUUGCAUGUGAGUACAUGUACUGUAUAGACAUUAUGUAAACUUGCCUAAAUAAAAGGUUUUAAGGAAGCA